ACGCCAGGAGGAAACAGUCUCACCGUCUGGACCUUCUAGUCUCCCGGGAAGUGGUACUCUCCCCAAUCCUAUUGUAACCGCACAAGUUCGGGGCCGGGGGCGGCGUGAGAAACAGAAAAAGACCGCGUGCACGAGGUCGGCGUUACUCAGGGCUGUGGAGCCGUUAGACUGUCAUGGACGAGUCCCAGCAACCUUUGCUGCAGCUUGAACCUUCUGAUGCCUACCCCCCACCUACUGCUCCAGGACCGGCGCUGGCGGCAGUGGAGCAGAACCCCGGGUCCUCUGGUGCUGGGGUUGGUUUUGAGCUGGUGGAGUCUACUGUACCUCCUCCCCCGGUGACUGAGGAUGCCAUCCCUCAACCUCAAGACACCCCUGCUCCCAAUAUUCCAACGAUAUCGGAGGAAGAGGCACGAGAAGCCCUACUAGAAACAGUCUCCGCCCACUGCUGCUACGGAAAAUCAGCCGCCAGGGAGUUUAUCUUCACCAACAUCACCUCCUCCAGUGCAUUCCAUUAUGAGCUGGAGACGUUUGCAGAGGGACGCCAGACAGCUUGGGACCAUGAGCCAUACAAUGGCCAAGCAAUAGAUGGACCUCAGAACGGACCAGCCCCCCAGGCUUGGAGCAUCUUGGCCCAGCCUGACACCAACUUCCGAGACCACAGAAAGAACUUUGAGAUUCCACACACCGCCUCUGUGAAGGCGUGUCACAAAUGCUGUGGGGGCGGAUACAAUCAAUGCCCCCAGUGUCUUGGCUCCACCAAGGUCCACUGUAAGUCAUGUGGAGGAUCUGGACGGAAGUCAGAGGUCCACCACGAGCAUCAUCACGAUCACCAUCAUCACCACGAUCAACAUCAUCACACCGUCCCCUGUCACUGUUGCCAUGGCACCGGGAGAGUCACGUACGCAAACAAAGAAUUACAGAGUUCUGACAUCAAAUUAUACUUGUAUUUCUGCAUGUAUUUGGCAUCUCUGUGAGUUCUAACUCUGUUGUUGAUGACAUCAGGUGUGGUACGUGCCAGGGCCGCGGUCGUGUUCCCUGUGAUGUCUGCCUCACUCGAGGCAAGCUGAAAGUCUAUCUCAAACUGACCGUCUCCUGGAAGACACACCGAGAUGAAGAGGUGGUGGAGAGAACAGACUUACCGGAUGAGCUCAUCAAGAACGCAAGCGGCGUGAUUGCAGUACAGGACCAGCAACUGAGGGUUUACGCGGUGACUGGUUUCCCGGACGACGACGUGAACCGAGCCUCGUCAAGAUUGGUGCAGAAGCACGCAUCUGCCUGGCCCAAUGAGAGGAUCCUCAUGCAGAGGCAGCAGGUGAGAGUGGUCCCGGUGGCAGAAGCGGCCUGUUCGUGGAAGUCCAAGACGUUCAGCUACUUUGUGUAUGGAGAGGACCAUCUGGUGUAUGCUCCUGCCUACCCCCAGAAGCUCUGCUGGGGCUGCACCAUCCUCUGAGACAGAGACAACAAACUUCUGCAUGUUUUUCAGGCCGUAUAUACUUACACUGUACUUGUCUUGUAGCUUCCGUAUUGUGUCACAUUUUGCAAUACUUC